AUGUCCGGCUCUGAGGAUCUUAAGGAUUUGUCCGGACUGCAACUGCGCGCUGCAGUUAACAGAGACCUGGGAGAAAAUAUCACAACAUCUGGGUACAAGGAGGAGCUGGAGCUGGAUGUGAUUCCGACACCUCUGCAGAGAGCAGGUUGGUUUUCUGCUUAUAUUAACUACAGUUGAUGGACGCACAGAGUACGUUAGCCGCCGCGAGCUCCUGUUGCGCUUAAAAACUUAGAUGGCGAUGCCAAAAUUGUUCUGGAGUUUCACAUCACUGCUGGAGAUCAGUGGUGAAUAUUGAUUACCUUUUAAAUAGAUCUAAUAAACUUGAACACGAGAUAUUCUCCCAGGAACGUAUGUGAUCCGUCCUUGGGCUGUUACUUGGGAUGCGAUCCGAUCCGAUAUUUGGAUCAGAUAUCAGCUUCAAUAUUGACAAAUUCAUUGGCUCGGAUAUCGGAUGAAUGAUGCCGAUCCAGUCUUUUCUUUUUUAAUUUUUCUUUUAAUACAUUGAAGUCUUGCUUCUUUGCUGUGUACUAAUGUGCAAUUUGUUAUUUGUUUAUAAAUAAUAUUAAAUAGAUUUAUAUCUGUGUUAAUUUGUUACCUUUUUUUUAACAAGGCUAAUGUCAAGCCUGAUGCCCUUAGUCACAAAGCAAGGUAUACAUUCGUUUCAUUCAACAGUAGUGUUAGAUCGGUAUCGGAUAUCGGCUGAUACGCUCAGCCCAGGUAUCGGUAUCAGAUUGGAUCAGAAAAAAAUGGAUCAGACCAUCUCUAGCUGUUACUGUGGAUAGAAACUAAAUAAAUUUAAAAAAUGCCUAAAACUGACCAGAAGACUGAUUUUAGUUAAUCAUUAUAAAGCUGAUGCAUUUUUUAGGUUAUUAGAUAUUUUUCUAAAAUAAAAUCUUUUUUAUUACUGGUAAAUCAUCAUGAGCCUGUUCAAGGGCUGAACAAUAUUGAAAUAUUGAUUUCUUUUGACAAUAUAUUCUUUUUGUCUCAAAGGCCUCUCUUUAUUGGACAAAAGGACCUGUUGGCCCCUUGUUGUGUGUGCUUCCACUGGGGGCCUGAGGUCCUGGGUUAGUAAUGCAAAUCAGACUAAUGACAUCCAAGGAUGGUAUCUGAUAAAUACGUUAAGCUUUUUUAUUCGUGUCCAUAGUGAUUUUUAUUUUCUACAAAAAAGCAGUCACAGAUCACAUUGGCAAGAGGUAAGCUUUAAUUGAUUGUUAAAUAAUUAGAUUAUUACAGAUUACUGGAAAUAUUUGCCGUUGUGCUAUUGCCUUUUGGUGCCUCUACCUGUCUGUAAAUGAAUGACUUUUAUACAUGUGUAUGUGUGUAUACACAAAAUGAUGGCAUCAAGUAUCACGACUUUAAGUUUGGUUUCAAAUGAACUUGACAUUCUUUUGUUGUGUCUUUGUGCCUUUUAGUGUUUCCUGCAGACAUCCAGCAGCUGUUGAUAAGUGAAGAAGAGUUUAUCCCUGAGAAGCAAGAAAGGAGCUCCAGUCUUGACCUGGAUGACACUGAGAUCCCUGACAUGACAGAGAAACAGGUGCAGCUUCAACCCCAGAUUUUCCCUUUCAAUACUGUCAUUGUGAAGAGUGAAGAUGACGAUGAGACACCUCAGCCAGAGACAGAGUUACAAGCACACAAAGCUGUCCUAGGCAAAGAGGUUAUGGCUCAGCAAGGGGUGAAAGAAGAGGACCCAGAGACCCAAAUUAUCAAAAACGAGCAGGAGGAAAUCAAGAUUAGUCAGGCUGAUACCAUCAGCCCCCAAUCAACUCCUGUUCAAGUAAAAAUUGAAGAUGAUGAAGAAAAACCUCAGACCUCGCAGCCUCAUCGGGGACCAACUGAACAGAUGAAAACAGGAGCUGAUGGAGAAGACUUUGGAGGACCAGAGCCAUCCAGGAACUCAGAUCUGGAGAGAGAUUUACAACCAGAGAGUGAGGACUCUUCUGAACCUGACACUGAAGACAGUGAUGAUUGGAGGGAGAAUACAGAACAUUCAGGUUUAAGAUCUGUAAAAAACUUGGAAAAUAAGAGACAAAAUGAUGGCAAGGAAUCGCAUAGUUGUUUAGAGUGUGGUAAAACGGUCAAAACUAAAUGGGAAUUGACAGUACACUUGAGAAUCCACAAAGGAGAGAAACCCCUCAGCUGCUCUGUUUGCAGUAAAAGAUUUUACCACAAAGGGCAUCUGAGGUCACACAUGGUGGUUCACACAGAAGAUAAACCCUUCAGCUGCCCUGACUGUGGUAGAAGAUUCAAACAUAAGUGUAGCUUAAAACUUCACAUUGCACAUCACAAAGAUCGGAAAUCUUACAUUUCUGACCAAAGAUUGUCUGGGUAUAAUCAGUUAAAUAUACACAACUGUAUGAGAGACAAUGUUGGUCAUGCUGUGGACCUUCCUCAUAGCCAAACUGAGAUGGAAAGAGAUGCAGAAUCAGGAUCUGAUGGAGAGGACUGUGGAGGACCAGUCCAAGUGGAAUUACAACAUGAACAAAAGCUGACUUUACACCUCAGCUGCCCUGUUUGCUGUAAAAAUUUUAAACAAAAAGGGAAUCUAAAUGCACAUAUGUUCAUUCAUACAGGAGAGAAACCCUUCAGCUGCUCUGUUUGCAGUAAAAAGUUUAGACAACAAGGACAUUUAAGCACCCACAUGGUAGUUCACACAGGAGAGAAACCCUUCAGCUGUUCUGUAUGCAGUAAAAGAUUCAAUACAGAGGGGAGUCUAAAGAGACACAUGCGGGGUCAUACAGGAGAGAAACCCUUCAGCUGCUCCGUAUGCAGUAAAGGAUUUAGCCUUAGAGGGCCUCUUGCCUUACACAUGGCAGUUCACACAGAAGAGAAACCCUUCAGCUGCUCUCUUUGUGGUAAAAGAUUCAAAACAGAAAGGAGUCUUAAGAAACACAUGGUAGGUCACAGCUGCUCUCUAUGCGGUGAGAGAUUUUCUUGGUUUUAUCAAGUAAAAAAACACAAGUGUGUUUGA